CACAAUAAAUAUAUCCCUACUCUGAUGAAAGGCUAUGCUGCAUCUUGAAUUGAAUUCUGAAACUAUUGGAUUUUGCAGAGUAAACCUAGACACAGCGACAGCUUGAUUUCCAAUCCAUAUGGUUCGUCAUGUUAAUAAUUUAUACAAAUCCAGCAGCUGUUCUUGUGUUGCGUCAGCAAGGUUACUGUGCAGAGAAACAUCUAGAGAAUUCAAUUCUAAACGACGAGCUUUCAGACAUCAGGGUGACUCAUUCACUGCAGCAUCAGGCACAAACACUGCAGAUAAAAUGCUCUCUACAUGGAUCUCAGUGUUGAUUGGAAUCGUCCUGUUUGUCGUCUGUGGAUCUCAGGUUAUAUCAGACAAAACAACUAUUGCUUCUCCAAUUCAAACUGACCAACGGGAGAUCAACAUAACUGAAAUUGCUGUAGACUUGUCAAUAGUGAAGAAUAUUGUUAUAAAAGGACACACUGAUCCCUGGAUCAAAGCAAACAUCGAUGUUACACAGCCAACCAAUUUAGACUUUUCAUGUAAAUUGACCGGUCUUCUAUAUGAAUCAUCGUCCAUCACUGGAUUUUGGAGAAAAGAUGGCAAAGAGAUCCCACAGUCUCGUGUUGUCAUACAGAAGAAAGAGACUCAGUAUCAUCUCCAAAUAAAGUUUCAAGUUACUGAUAACAGCCAACUUGGGAAUUACACUUGUGUUUUUGAUAUUAAACCUGAGGUAGUCGCCAACUUUGUUGUUGAAGUUCCAGACACUGAAGGCAGAGAAAAACCACUUGUAUGUUAUGAAGGAGAUGCAGUUGUGAUGAUCUGUAAAAGUCAUGAAUUUGUUCCAAACACUUGGAUUUGGCACAAAGUGAAUGGCACUGAAAAGGCUAUUAUCAAUGCAACAGCAAACCCAAAUCGAUACAUAAUGAAUAUAUAUAAGGAUGGAAAUAAAACAUCCCUUAAAGUAAUGGGUUCAACAGGGAAAGACAGUGGUCUCUUCGGGUGCAGUGCUGUGUAUGAGAUCGGAUCAAGUGAAGGCCAUGUUAAAGUCAAAGUUCUUAGUUACAUGGUGCCCCUCAAGCCCUUCCUGGCCAUCGCUACUGAGGUUAUAAUUCUGGUAUCUUUAAUUCUGGUCUAUGAGCAGCACACCAAGAAGAAAAAGAAUCUUGCAGAUAAUGGCACUGAACACAUGGAAAAACUAAAAACUGAGGAAAGUAAUGGAGUAGGAGACAGCACUACAAGACACAGAAACGUUUAAAAGGAAAACCGAAAGCAGAAAGCAUCAAUUAUCAACAUUAAUUCCUAAGCAGGUUCUGAUACUUGCUUGUUGUGAGAGUGACAUGAAGUUGUGUAGCUGUAGUUUUCACUGAUCUCUUCUCCCCCUCUAACCCCAUAUGGAAAUAUCCAGGCAUAAACAACAAUGUUAACAUAAAGCCAAGGCCUAUUUGUUCUCUGUGUGUAUCUCAGAUUAUGUGCUUAUCUCAGAUUUAAAAGGAUUACUGCAUCAUAUCUGCUGGCCAUGAAUAGAUUUCAAGAUGACUGACUAGCCAUGUGGAUAAAGGUAUUAUAUAGAUGUACAAUAUUGACAUUUUAUAAUUAUAAGCAUUUAUCUGGUGAAUACUGCAAUGUUAAAUAUUUACAGAUUUUAUCCAGUUUGUUUAAAUGGAUUGUUUCACAGUAUCCCCACCCAGUCCUAUGCGUUUUUGGGUUCCCACAGCCUGUCUAUCUGUGUUAUCCCUGGCUCUGUCUGACUCUCUCUAUCAUUGUAACAUUGCCUGCUCCUUAAAACAAGUACAUCUGCAAAUCAUUCAGGUAAAUCUUCACAAGGAGUCCAGUGCCCAAUUCAAACAAACAAAAGGGCAAUUACAGCUCAGAGAAUAAAAUAAUUAAGGCCUUUACAAUAUCAGAUGAAGCAGGUAUAAACUGAGGUUUCAGCUCAUGCUGAUUUGAUGUUGUAAAACACAAGCUCCUGUUUUACAGGUUUAUCUCAUACAAUGCAAACGCUAAAUAGUGAAGCAAUACCUAUCAAAUAAAGAAUCACAUGAGUCCACUUUUAAAUAAUGAUUGCCUUGCUGGGGAGGAUCUUAUAGAAGCAAUCAGACCUUUACUCCUUUUUCUAGAUGUCAUUUACAAUAGGAUGUUUUCACAAAAUGUAAUCUGGGACUAGUGCAAAAAAUGAUGCCACGAACCUUGAUGUGGAUAUGCAAUAAUAAAAUGGCAUAACUUAUCAGGAAAGUAUCAUUUUAAAUUGAGAAGCACUAAAACACCGAUUCUUAGGACAGUGUUGUUAUUUAUUCUGACCGUCGGUGAGAUGAGAUGAGGUUAAAAGCUCUAUAACCACGAAUGCAGACAAGUCAGGCUCAUUUGCAUUGUGGUUAAGAUGCUCAUUUGCAGUGCAAGGGGUCUCCAGUUUGCACCCAGCCUCUGCCCUGUUACAUAGACAUUAACAAGUUUGAGACAGAAUUACUGGAAAUGCUACAUACAGUUACGUUUAAUAUUAUUUAUUUAGAAAUUGAAUGUAUGUGGGAUUUCAGUGUAGUUUUUUUUAUUAAAACCCCACUGUUAAUCAUAGGUUUGCUAUGUUAAGUAAGUACUCUAUAAAUAGAUUCAGGAUCCUCAAGGAAAUAUUAUUUUAUUCAUUAAAACACAGUAACAAAAUAAUACCCUGUGUGUAGAAAAGAUAAAGGUAACACCAUUGUUGUGAUGCUGAUGUUGUGUGUAUUGUAAAACAUAUAGAAAAUCUAAAUAUGCAUAGUAAUCAUUCAGGGAUGAGUCCAAAAUGAAUAACGUGUGAGCUUCCCUGCAAUCUUACUACAGUUUUAAAGUUCAGUGGAAAAUGAAAUUUAAACUGUUUUGCUCACACCUUUGCAAUGCAGUUAUGCGUGACCAAAGCAGUUAAAAGGUGUAUAUAUGUUUUUAAAGCUUGGCAAUACUUGAUUUUUGACAUGCCAGUACUGUAUUUUGCAUUGCUUAUCCAAAUUCUGCAACCACGCACAUUUUCAAGCUUGCCUUAACACACAAAACAAAUUAAAUGUCAAUAAAAAAAUUUGAAGCCUGGCAUUUGAGAUAUGUUUUGCCUUUGAAUGUAAAACCUUGUAUAUAAUGUUUUACCUCCACUAGCAAUCUUUGUAACUUAUUUGGCCAAUAAACUAAUUUAUGUAAUGUCAUUUGUUUUCAAUAUAUGUUAUUAUUAUUAUUUAUUUCUUAGCAGACGCCCUUAUCCAGGGCGACUUACAAUUGUUACAAGAUAUCACAUUAUUUUUACAUACAAUUACAUUAUUUUUUUACACAUUAUUUUUUACAUACAAUUACCCAUUUAUACAGUUGGGUUUUUACUGGAGCAAUCUAGGUAAAGUACCUUGCUCAAGGGUACAACAGCAGUGUCCCCCACUGGGGAUUGAACCCACGACCCUACGGUCAAGAGUCCAGAGCCCUAACCACUACUCCACACUGCUGUGUUCAAUAAACACAUUUUAAAACAGUAUGGCAUUCUUUAUGUCUUUUUUUUGCUGUGUAACAGGGGUCUUGCUACCUGUGAUGUACUUGAUUUGGAAUAAUUGAUUGAUUUCGCUGGAUGACGUGCAUGCAUGUUCACUGCUUGAUUGACAGUAGAUGGAGAAAGAUGGCUGGGAUUGACUCACCCCGCAGGCGCGCAAGUUUAUUUACACAGUACAGGAACCCCACGUGACACUAUCAGCAAUGGUAGCUCACUUGGGACAUACGGUCUGAAGAGGCAGGAAAUAUGUGAUGUGAUAUCUAAAGGGUUAAAAACGGUUUUGUGGUGGUGUGAGUACUGUGCAUUAUCGUGUUGUAUUCUGAGCACAGCACAUUCUGGUGAGAAUUGCUCGAGAUGUGUUUCUCAAAAGAUAGUUAGGACGCUGUUAUGUCUAGUUUGAAGCAAAGCUGCUUAGUUAAAAACAACCCCUUAUAAGGGAAUCUUCAUCUUUGAGAAAGUUCUAUAAUCAUGAUGUGUUAAUUUGCCUAUUUGUUGCUAUGCUAAUCCUGUAUAAAUAUUGUGCUACCUUGUCAAUAAUCAAGAGAGAGUGUGUUCCUGUAACCAUUGCUGCUUUUCCCAUGCUCGCAUUGUAUUAAAGCUUCUUGAAACUG